AUGUUCUCCAUCUCCACUCCCCCUCUCCGCGCCUCCCCCCUUCGCUUCGCGCGCUCCACUUCACGUUCCGUCAAGGUCAACGCGUUCGCUCCCGGUGACAAGGUGCGGGUGAAAUCCUCCGUCGUCGUCUACCACGUCCCCAAGUCCAAGGGCGCGGCGACCGAGCUCCAAGGCAUGGUUGGCGUCGUCGACUCCAGGGCGGACGAGCACGAGGGGAAGAAGACGAGCGCGACGAUGCCGUGUAAGGUCGCGUUGCCAAACCCGAACGGGGGGAAGGAUUUCAUCGCGCACGUCGAGGAGGCGGAGCUCGAGGCGGCGUAG